CACACUCACACAAGACCUGGAAUUGACAGGAAGACUCCCAACUAGUACAAUGACAGAAGAUAAGGUCACUGGGACCCUGGUUUUCACUGUUAUCACCGCUGUGCUGGGUUCCUUCCAGUUUGGAUAUGACAUUGGUGUGAUCAAUGCACCUCAACAGAUAAUAAUAUCUCACUAUAGACAUGUUUUGGGUGUUCCAGUGGAUGACCGAAAAACUAUCAACAACUAUGUUACCAACAGUACAGAUGAACUGCCCACAGUUGCAUACUCAAUGAACCCAAAACCAACCCCUUGGGCUGACGAAGAGACUGUGGCAGCUGCUCAACUAAUCACUAUGCUCUGGUCCCUGUCUGUAUCCAGCUUUGCAGUUGGUGGAAUGAUUGCAUCAUUCUUUGGUGGGUGGCUUGGGGACACACUUGGAAGAAUCAAAGCCAUGUUAAUAGCAAACAUUCUUUCAUUAGUUGGAGCUCUCUUGAUGGGGUUUUCAAAAUUGGGACCAUCUCAUAUACUUAUAAUUGCUGGAAGAAGCAUAUCAGGACUAUAUUGUGGGCUAAUUUCAGGCCUGGUGCCUAUGUAUGUUGGUGAAAUUGCUCCAACUACUCUCAGGGGCGCACUUGGCACUUUUCAUCAGCUGGCCAUUGUCACGGGCAUUCUUAUUAGUCAGAUUGUUGGUCUUGAAUUUAUCUUGGGCAAUUAUGAUCUGUGGCACAUCCUGCUUGGCCUGUCUGGUGUGCGAGCCAUCCUUCAGUCUCUGCUACUCUUUUUCUGUCCAGAAAGUCCCAGGUACCUUUACAUCAAGUUAGAUGAGGAAGUCAAAGCAAAGCAAAGCUUGAAAAGACUCAGAGGAUAUGAUGAUGUCACCAAAGAUAUUAAUGAAAUGAGAAAAGAAAGAGAAGAAGCAUCAAGUGAGCAGAAAGUCUCUAUAAUUCAGCUCUUCACCAAUUCCAGCUACCGACAGCCUAUUCUAGUGGCACUGAUGCUGCACAUGGCUCAGCAAUUUUCUGGAAUCAAUGGGAUUUUUUACUACUCAACCAGCAUUUUUCAGACGGCUGGUAUCAGCAAACCUGUUUAUGCAACCAUUGGAGUUGGUGCUGUAAACAUGGUUUUCACUGCUGUCUCUGUAUUCCUUGUGGAGAAGGCAGGGCGACGUUCUCUCUUUCUAAUUGGAAUGAGUGGGAUGUUUGUUUGUGCCAUCUUCAUGUCAGUGGGACUUGUGCUGCUGAAUAAGUUCUCUUGGAUGAGUUACGUGAGCAUGAUAGCCAUCUUCCUCUUUGUCAGCUUCUUUGAAAUUGGGCCAGGCCCGAUCCCCUGGUUCAUGGUGGCUGAGUUUUUCAGUCAAGGACCACGUCCUGCUGCUUUAGCAAUAGCUGCAUUCAGCAACUGGACCUGCAAUUUCAUUGUAGCUCUGUGUUUCCAGUACAUUGCGGACUUCUGUGGACCUUACGUGUUUUUCCUCUUUGCUGGAGUGCUCCUGGCCUUUACCCUGUUUACAUUUUUUAAAGUUCCAGAAACCAAAGGAAAGUCUUUUGAGGAAAUUGCUGCAGAAUUCCAAAAGAAGAGUGGCUCAGCCCAUAGGCCAAAAGCUGCCGUAGAAAUGAAAUUCCUAGGAGCUACAGAGACUGUGUGAAAAAAAAAAAAAAAAAACCCUGCUUCUUGACAUGAAAAGAAACAGUAAGGGAACCGUCUGUUUUUAAAUGAUGAUUCCUUGAGCAUUUUAUGUACAUGUCUUUAAGUAUUGUUUUAUUUUUAUGUGCUGUCAUCAGAAAUGUCAUCAAAUAUUACCAAAAAAGUAUUUUUUUAAGUUAGAGAAUAUAUUUUUGAUGGUAAGACUAUAAUUAAGUAAACCAAAAAGGCUAGUUUAUUUUGUUACACUAAAGGGCAGGUGGUUCUAACAUUUUUAGCUCUGUUCUUUAUAACAAGGUUCUUCUAAAAUUGAAGAGGUUUCAACAUAUCAUGUUAUUUUUUUAACACAUAACUAGAAACCUGAGGAUGCAACUAAUAUUUAUAUAUUUGAAUAUCAUUAAAUUGGAAUUUUCUUACCCAUAGAUCUUAUAUUAAAGGAGAUAUGGCUAGUGGCAAUAAGUUCCAUGUUAAAAUAGACAACUCUUCCAUUUAUCUCACUCAGCUUUUUUCUUGAGUACUAGAAUUUGUAUUUUGUUUAAAAUUUUACCUUUGUUCUGUAUUUUCAUGGAGAAUGGAUUACAGAGUAUAUUAAAAUAUGUCUACAGAAAAAAACUUUCAUUUCUGGUAGGCUUAUCAAAAUAUUUCAGCACUCAUAAAAGAAAACCAUUUUAGUUCCUUUAUUUAAUGGACAAAUCUUUUGCAAGAUGUAACGCUAAAAGGGUUUCACCUGAUCAUAUAGCCUGGGCCAUCAGUUAACAUUAACAUCUAUUAUAAAACCAUGUUGAUUCCCUUCUGGUACAAUCCUUUGAGUUAUAGUUUGUUUUGCUUUUUAAUUGAGCACAGCCUGGUUUUCACAUGCACUCAAACAAUCAUGAGUCAGACAUUUGGUAUAUUACCUCAAACUCCUAAUAAGUUUGAUCAAAUCUAAUGUAAGAAAAUUUGAAGUAAAGGAUGGAUCGGUUUGUUAAAAAUAUUUUCUGAAUUAUUAUGUCUCAAAAUAAGUUGAAAAGGUAGGGUUGGAGGAUUCCUCAGUGUGGGCUUCUGAAACUUCAUAAAUGUUCAGCUUCAGACUUUAUAAAAAUCCCUGUUUAAUUUUCCUGGAAAGACUAAUUGUUUUAUGGUAUGAUCCUAACAUAAAAUAAUCGUCUCCUUUGACAUUUCCUUCUUUGUCUUAGGUGUAUAUAGAUUCUAGUCAAACUAUUCUACGGCCAUUACUAACAUGCAUUGUACACUAUCAAUCUGCCUUUAUCUACAUAGGCAAAUUGGAAAUACACAGAUGAUUAAAGAGACUUUAGCUUACAGUCAAUUUUACAAUUACGGAAAUACAGUUCUGAUGGGUCCCAAAAGCUUAGCAGGGAGCUAACGUAUCUCUAGGCUGUUUUCUCCACCAACUGGAGCACUGAUCAAUCCUUCUUAUGUUUGCUUUAAUGUGUACUGAAGAAAAGCACUUUUUAAAAAGUACUCUUUUAAGAGUGAAAUAAUUAAAAACCCUGAACAUUUGCCUUGUUUCCUAAAGUUGUUCACAUAUAUGUAAUUUAGCAGUCCAAACAACAAGAAAUUGUUUCUUUUCA